AUGUGCUUAGUGUUUCAAAAUUUUAAGUACUCAGACAAUUUAAAAACGGGAUCUUAAAUACUUAGAGUAGAUGAGAUAAGUUUAAUGAAUAAGAAUUCAGAAAACAGUCUUCUCUAAAAUAUAACAAUCGAGGGAAGUGAAAUUAACUUUUUCAGCUUCAGAGGCUUCAAAGAUGUUGGCAUUACUGACAAAUCCUAAUUAUUUUUGCUUUUGAUUCAGAAUUGUAUAUUUAGAGAUAACUUAUUUGUAAAUGAGGGGUCACUUUUAUCUUUUGAAAGGUUUAUUAAUGAGAAUAAUGCUUUGAUUUAGAUUGAAGAUAGUUCAUUCGUGAACAAUUAUUUCUCAGCAGGAGGUUAGCUAAUUAAAAGUAAUUUAAACUCAAAGAAUGCUGUGAUAUUAUAGAAUUCAACCUUUAUUCACAAUUUUUAAGCUAUUAUUCUUUUGCAGGCUGUUGAAACUUUGAGAACUGAUAUUCCCUCAGUAUUAGUAAUAGAUAAUUGUAACUUCUCAAAUAAUUUCCCACUAAUUGAAGCCUUGGUUAAACUUAAAUCUAAUUCAAAAGUCAUUGUUACUCAAUCAAAUUUUGAGAAAACAAUAUCUAUCUCAAGAGGAAGUAUAUUCCUGGGUGAUUACUAAAAAGCUGAAAUCAGAGUUAUGAAUUCUACUUUUAAAAAUAAUUUCGCUGUUGAUGGUGGAAUAUUCUUUGUUCACUAUGAGAGCAAGAUUAGCAUUGAUUAGUCAGUUUUUGAGCAAAAUCUUGCAUACUCUGGAAGCAUAGGCGUUAUUGAAAAUCAAGGAUUAUCAAUUAUCAUGAACACUUUGAUUAAAAACAAUCACGGGAUUAAAAAUUCUAUUUUAUCUGUUCUAGAUGCUAUUAAUAACUAAUAAAUCCUAGAUAAUUGUACCAUAGAACUAAAUCAUCCAGUUUCUCUAAAAAAUAUACAGUCUGAGGUCUAAACUAUUUGGGGUUCCGACAUUUUUUAUAAUCAAAUUAACUGGUAGAAUGAUAGAGUUUAAAUGCUUGAACAGCAUAACUUAGAUGAAAUUUAGAUUAGCAUCAGCAAGUCCAAUCUGAGAAUAUCUAACACAGUUAUUGCUAAUACAAGUUCUUUUACAGAUUUCAACUACUCUGAAUAAUCAAUAAUCCACAAACAAUAUCUCAUUGAAUCAAAUCUUUAAUCUAAUGUACUCAUCAACAAUUCCUAAAUAGCCAACACAACCAUAAUGCUAAUCAACAGUGCGAGUACAGAUAUUUCAAUAUAAAAUAGCAACAUAUAAAACAUCAAUUACUUCAAUUAGCUAGACAGACUUUUUAAGGUUGAUAGUGCUCAUUUCACUAUCUAUAACUCAACAGUAAUAAAUAUACAAAGUUAGGGUCAAAUGCUGAUUGAAAUCUAGAGGAGUUUACAAGUUAAUUUAACUUUGACUACAUUCUAGAAUUUUAAUACCAACCUUUUGUCCAUAAUUAGUUCAAUAUCUAUUUUCACCACUUCUAAUUUUGUCACUAAUCAAAAUGAACUGACUUUAAUAACUGAUAAAAAGAUAAUGAGUUAAAGAGACAAUAGAAUAGUAUUUAUUAAAUAUGGAGCCAUUGCAAUUACUAACUCCUCUUUUUCAAGAGGAUUGAUCACUGAAAAUGGUGGAGCUAUUCUUGUAGUCAAUUCAAUCUUAUCUUUGAUAAACUCUAAUUUUACUGAAAAUCAAGCAAAGUAAGGUGGAGCUCUGGCACUUUAAUGCUCUUAGUAAAGAGGUGGAGCAAUAGCUUAUAAUAAAAAUAGACCUGUGAUGAUUGCUGGAAAUUAUUUCGAUGAGUUUAAUUAAGCUAAGUAUGGAAAUGAUAUAGCUGGAUACCCAUUUAAUGUCAAAGUUUUAUCUUAUACCUAAUAUCCUCUUGCUAGCGGACAGCAGUACAGUGGAACAAUUAAAGUUGCAAUUGUGGACGCAGAUUCUAACAUAAUCACAACUGAUAACUCUUCGUAAAUAUUAGAAUUGAAUUAUUGUUUAGAAAUAUUAAAAUCCUAAAUGUUGAUGGAUUAAGCAAAGUUAAUGGAUAAUCUUAACUUCAAGUCACUAAUGGAAUAGCAAUCUUCAAAGAUUUGCAAAUUCAGGGGGUUCCAGGAAAACAUAAUGUGUCGUUUCUGA